AGCCGGCCUAGAAAGCAGACAAUAUGUUUGAGUUUCUCUCGUGUGUUAUCCUGGGAUGGACUUUGUGAUUGCAUUAGUAGGGUAUACAAACCCACUCAACUGCAGACAUUUGACGGCAAUCUCGUAUUGCGGGACUUCGCUGAGACUUUAGUCUUGUCGGCUAGCAGUAGGUUGCCUUUACCGCUAGCGUAUAGUCUACUGCUGGUACUCCUGUUGUGUUAGCUAGCUGGAACACGACAAAAGUGUAUUAAAAUGUCGGAUACAAAGGUAAAAGUUGCGGUUAGAGUUCGGCCUAUGAACCGAAGAGAAAUUGAGUUAAGCACAAAAUGUGUGGUGGACAUGGAAGAGAACCAAACUAUUCUUCACCCUCCGCCCUCGAACAACACGAAAGGGGAAAACAGCAGGAGACAGUCAAAGGUGUUUGCCUUUGACCACUGUUUCUGGUCCAUGGACGAGUCCAACAUGCUCAAGUAUGCAGAUCAGGAGGUGGUGUUCCAGUGUCUUGGCGAGGGUGUCCUUGACAACGCCUUUCAGGGGUAUAACGCCUGCAUCUUCGCCUACGGACAGACGGGCUCAGGGAAGUCCUUCUCUAUGAUGGGCAGCGGGGACAACCCCGGCCUGAUCCCUCGGCUCUGUGGCGCCCUCUUCAGGCGGGUGGCGCUGCUGCAUAGCCCCGCCCACUCCUUCAAGGUGGAGGUGUCCUACAUGGAGAUCUACAACGAGAAGGUCCGGGACCUGCUCGACCCAAAGGGGAGUGGCCAGUCUCUGAAGGUGCGGGAGCAUAAAGUUCUGGGCCCGUAUGUGGACGGACUCUCUCAGCUGGCCGUCACAAACUUUGAGGACAUUGAUUCUCUGAUGUCAGAGGGUAAUAAGUCUCGUACGGUCGCCGCCACCAACAUGAACGAGGAGAGCAGUCGCUCCCACGGCGUCUUCUGCAUCAUCGUCACACAGACACUCUGUGACCUACAGUCAGGGAACUCCGGUGAGAAGGUGAGUAAGAUGAGUCUGGUGGAUCUGGCGGGAUCAGAGCGAGUCUCAAAGACUGGAGCCGCUGGAGAGAGACUCAAGGAGGGCAGCAACAUCAACAAGUCUCUCACCACUCUGGGCUGUGUGAUCUCCGCUCUGGCUGACGCGUCGUCUGGAAAAGGGAAGAAUAAAUUUGUGCCUUACAGGGACUCUGUGCUCACCUGGCUCCUAAAGGACAGUCUGGGUGGCAACAGUAAGACGGCGAUGAUCGCCACGGUGAGCCCGGCGGCGGAUAACUACGAGGAGACGCUGUCCACCCUCCGCUACGCCGACCGCGCCAAGCGCAUCGUCAACCACGCCGUCGUCAACGAGGACCCCAACGCUCGCAUCAUCAGGGAACUACGGGAGGAGGUGGAGAAGCUGCGGGACCAGCUCAACCAGGCAGAGUCCUUGAAAGCCCCGGAGCUGAAGGACAGGCUGGAGGAGUCGGAGAAGCUGAUUCAGGAGAUGACCGUCACCUGGGAGGAGAAGCUGAGGAAGACCGAAGAGAUUGCACAGGAGCGACAGAAACAGCUGGAGAGUAUGGGGAUCUCUCUGGAAUCUUCCGGAAUCAAAGUGGGGGAGGACAAGUGCUUCCUGGUCAACCUGAACGCUGACCCCGCCCUCAACGAGCUGCUCGUCUACUACCUGAAGGACCACUCUCGUGUGGGUGCAGACACGUCUCAGGACAUCCAGUUGUUCGGCAUCGGCAUCCAGCCUGAACACUGCUGCCUGGACAUCAGCCCGGAGGGGGACGUCACACUCAGUCCUGUGGACAACGCCAGGACGUGUGUGAACGGGAUGCUGGUGCACAGUCCUGUCAACCUGUGGCACGGGGACCGCAUACUGUGGGGCAACAACCACUUCUUCAGGAUCAACCUGCCGAAGCGUAAGCGCCGAGAGCGCCUGAAGAGGGGGCGGGGGGCGGAGCGAGACGCCUGCGCGGACGGCGACGUGGAGACGACCAGCGAGACGGCCAGCGAGGCGUCUUCAGAGCAGGACUACAGCUACGAGUUCGCCCAGAUGGAGGUCAUGAUGAAGACGCUGGCCAGCAACGACCCCACACAGACGGUGGUCCAUGCGUUGGAGAAGCAGUACCUUCAGGAGAAGCACACGGCUCUGGAGGAGCAGAGAGUCAUGUACGAGAGAGAGUUGCAGUCGCUACGGCAACAGCUGUCACCCGAGCGACCAGCCCAUCACCACCGCCUCACCAACCCUACACACACACCCCACGCCAAACAACGCCUGUGGACAGAGGAGAGAGAUGAGUUGUUCAGGCAGAGUCUGGCUCGUCUGCGGGAGCAGGUGGUGCGUGCGAACACACUUGUGCGUGAGGCCACCUAUCUCUCUGAGGAGAUGAACACACACACCGACUACCAGGUCACACUGCAGAUCCCUGCUGCCAACCUGAGUGCCAACCGCAAGCGCGGGGCCAUCGUGAGUGAACCUGCCAUCCAGGUGCGGCGAAAGGGGCGUGGCACUCAGGUGUGGAACAUCGAGAAGCUGGAGAACAAACUGGUGGACAUGAGAGAGCAGUACACUGAGAGGAGGGGGAGAGUAGUGACGGCCAUGAAGCAGAGUAAAAGGCCUGAUCCAUUCUAUGAGGCUCAGGAGAACCAUAACCUGAUUGGAGUGGCCAACAUCUUCCUGGAGUGCCUGUUUCACGACGUCAAACUACAGUAUGCAGUACCCAUCAUCAGCCAGCAGGGGGAGGUGGCGGGACGCCUUCAUGUGGAGCUGAUGCGUGUGUCUGGUGUGUUGUUGGAGCGUGUUGCCGGGAGCGACGACUCGUCUGAGAACUCCAGCGAGAGCUAUGAGGUCAUGGAGCCCAGCGGAGAGAUGGUGCACCUGGCCCGCAAACUCACCUGCAGGGUGUGUAUCCGUGAGGCCACAGGCCUCCCCCCCAGCCUCUCCAACUUCGUCUUCUGUCAGUACGGCUUCUGGGGGCAGGCGGAGCCAGCUGUAGCCCCGCCCAUGGUCAGUCCAGACACGCCCACCCAUCGCCCUGGCGACGGCCCGUUUACUGUACGCUUCGACCACUGCAAGGACUACGUGGUGCAUGUGACUGAGGAGUUUGUGGAGUUCAUCUGUGAGGGCGCUCUGGCCAUAGAGGUUUGGGGGCAUCGCUGUGCAGGAAACGGCUCCCCCCGCUGGCAGCCCAGUGCACUGCAGGCCAAGACACGCACACUGCAGGACAGGUGGAGUGAGGUGUCUAGGCAGCUGGAGCUGUGGGUUUCCAUCCAGGAGCUGAAUGAACAGGGGGAGUAUUCUGCUGUAGAGCUGAGCCCUGCCAAGGACGUCAACACUGGGGGCGUCUUCCAGCUGCGACAGGGUCACUCUCGCAGGCUGCUGGUGUGUGUGCGGCCGGUGCAGUUCUCCGGAACGCUGCCCCUGCUGGUGGAGGCGCUCCUGUCCGUGUCCGUCGGGUGUGUGUCCGUGCGCUCCACCAAACUACAGCGCCCUCUCGACAGCUACCAGGAGGAAGAUGGAGAGGUGGAUAGUUAUCAGGAGGAUGAUCUCAACUGUGUGAGACAGCGCUGGUCUGAAGCGCUGGUUAAGAGGAGAGAGUACCUCGACGAACAGAUUAAGAAGAUCAUCAACAAACCUGAUAAAUCUGAGGAGGAUAUGGAGAGGGAGGCGCGGCUCGUGGAGCAGUGGGUGGGGCUUACAGAGGAGCGGAAUGCUGUUCUGGUGCCAGCGCCAGGAAGUGGAAUACCAGGAGCCCCCGCCCACUGGACACCCUCUCCUGGUAUGGAGGUUCACACACCUGUGCUGUUCCUGGACCUGAAUGCUGACAGCCUUGCAGUGAGUGAUCAGCUCACUGGUCCUCAGAUUGCUGGUGUGAACUCCAUCCUGCCCAAAGAACACGGCAGCCAGUUCUUCUACCUACCCAUCAUCAGGCACAGCGAUGAGGAGGUGUCGGGCGUGUGCUCGUGGGACUCGUCCAUCCACGACUCUCCUCACCUCAACCGCAUCACCGGUCCAGGGGAGCGCAUCUACCUCAUCGUCAAGGCAACCGUGCAGCUCACACACCCCGCCAACAUGGAGCUGGUCCUCAGGAAGAGGAUCGCCGUCAACAUCUACAACAAGCAGAGUUUCACCCAGAGCCUGAAGAGACGCAUGUCGCUGAAGAACACACUCUACUCCUGUGGAGUCACCUACGAGGUCGUGUCCAACAUCCCGAAGGCGUCUGAGGAGGCGGAGGAGAGGGAGACGUUGGCUCUGAUGGCCGCCCGAGGGGAGGUGGAGGAGGAGGCGCAGGACGGGGAGACCUACAUCGAGAAAUACACACGGGGCGUCUUAGAGGUGGAGAACAUCCUCAGCCUGGAGCGACUGAGACAGGCGGUGAUGGUGAAGGAAGCUCUCUCUGUGAAAAACAGACACAUCAGAAGAAGCCUGAGCACACCCAAUGUACAACACUCUCCAUGUUGUAGAGGAGAACUAUCAGGUUGUGAGGAUGAAGACUUUAAGAGCAAGUGUGAAAGCCAGCAGGAUCUUACAGAGUGUGUGUUCCAGGACCCCACAGUCUGUCCCUCCUCCACCCCCACCAAGAACCGAGAGAAUCAUGGUUCUGCCCCAGAGAGCCCGGUGUGGCUGUCGAGUCCGUUUAAGGUUCUGCCUGUCCAGCCUCAGAGGUUCCUGCAGGCCCUCCUCCCCGUCAGAGAGGAGCAGGGGGGGGGCAGGGAGGCGCGGCCGCUACUGGGGCAGGAGAGCAUGCGCUGGGCUGAGGAGAGCUCACCGCUGCCCCCUGCCUGCCACUGGCCACAUCACAGCCACAGACUCACUCAGCCACCACAAGCACACACUGCUGACUCAGACGAGGAGGAGUGUGUCCCUCUCAGCCCCACCCAGGACGAGCCCCCGCCGUUCCAGCCGUACGUUCCGGAAGAGUUCGCCAACUUCGAGGUGUACAACGCCAGCCUGGAGGCGAGUGUGUGUGACGGCAGCCUGGAGGCAGGUGUGUGUGUGCGCGGGGAGCGUGGGCGUGCCGGGGCGAGUGUGUGUGAGCGGGAGGAGUGUGUGUCCCGCAGCCCCACGGUCAGCAGCUGCACCAGCGGAUACUUCUCUCACAGCGCCUCCAGCGCCACCCUCUCCGACGCCGCCCAAUCAGACGCCACGCUGGGCGAAACCAGCCAAUCAGACGCCACGCUGGGCGAAACCAGCCAAUCAGACGCCACGCUUGGUGAUGUUGCUCUCCUCAACAGCAGCAGCUCAGAUCAGCUCAGCCAAGACCCCACCCACACUACUGAAGCCACGCCCACCCAUUCGCACAGCCCCUCCUCUCUGUCUCCGCCUCUCUUUGUAGACUGCUGCCAUGGCGACGGUGAUGCUCUGACCCCCCCCGCCCCCCCCCUCUGCACUCUCAGCACCAGUCCAGAGUUUUCGGACUUCCAGAGAGCAGGUGAGGGGCUGGGGGGGGGGGGGAGCUGGCCCCCCCUGGCCAAACUCACCUCUCUGACCCCCCCCACCCAGGCCCUGCCCCCCCCUCUGCACAACGGCCAGUGCGCCGGGCCCCCCCAGCAGGAGGAGGAGGGCGGUCCUGUGGAGCAGCUCCCUGAUUGGAUGGCUCCAGGGGAGCUGGUGUGGGUGGGCGGGCACUGUGGAACUGUGCGCUACGUCGGGGGGGUGGAGUUUGCUGCUGGGAUCUGGGUGGGAGUGGAACUGGAGCUCGCUGUCGGCAAGCACAAUGGUACGGUCCAGGGCCGCGUCUACUUCCGCUGUGAGGGGGGGCAUGGCGUGUUGGUUCAGCCCGCCCACCUGAGCCGCCACCCCCCCAUCUCAAACUCCGCCCCGGUCCAGCCUCUCCUACUGUAACCCCCCCCACCCCCCCCCCCCCGAGUCCAGCCUGGUGCCUCUAUACUGCAGAGGUGUGUGUGUGUGUGUGUGUGUGUGUGUGUGUGUGUGUGUGUGUGUGUGUGUGUGUGUGUGUGUGUGUGU